AUGCUCAAUAAACUCCUCAGGAUAAUCAUUAUCCAGGAGUGUAUGUUUGAUAGACAAGCUGACAAUGGAAAUGUCACUGUCAUCCUCCCCAAAGGUAGAUAUAACGAAGCAGUUCUGAAACUUCUGGAAGACAAAAACGCGUAUUCCGAACUUAAACGUAACAAAACAUUAGCAACUGAGAGGAAAACUAAUGAUUUGGUGAAAUCCUGGGUCAAAGGUGGUUAUAUAUCUGACUCGCUAGGGAAAUUCUUACGAUGCAGGAAUGGUGCUUGUCCGAGGUUAUACGCCUUGCCUAAAAUUGAUAAAAAGGAUGUUCUGUUCAGACCCAUCGUUUCGUCUAUUGGUAGUCCCACGUAUGCACUGUCAUCGUAUAUAAAAAAGAUCAUCUCUAGUGGCUACCGAGGCUCUUUCUCUGAAGUUAAGAACAGCUUCGAUUUUCAUGAUUACCUCACCAAAGUAACAAUUCCACCUGACUACACAUUAGUAUCUUUGGAUGUGAGUUCUCUAUAUACAAACGUUCCCCUGGACCUCGUCAUCAAGUCCAUGGAGAAGAGAAAACACAAAUUCGACACAAAAAUCGAGUUUCAAGAGUUGACACACGUUGUGAAGUUUAUCAUGUCUUCCACAACUUUCAAAGUCAACGACAAGUUCUAUAAACAAGAGUGUGGUCUUCCCAUGGGGUCUCCACUCGCCCCAGUCUUAGCUGAUAUGGUUAUGCAAGACUUGGAAGCUACUUGUCUAGAUAAUCUUGGCUUCGAAGUUGCUUUCUAUAAAAGGUAUGUAGAUGAUAUCAUCACCGCGGUUCCCGCAAACUCAAUCCAAGAUGUAGUCAGGUGUUUCAACAGCCAUCAUGAACGCUUACAAUUCACUUUUGAGGAAGAGUCAAAUGAUAGCAUGCCUUUUUUGGAUUUGAGGCUGAUUCGCCAAGGAAACUCCAUCAUAACCGACUGGUACAAGAAACCGACUUGGUCGGGUCGUUACCUAAACUUCAAGUCUCAUCAUCCAUCGUCUCGAAAAAGAGGAGUGGUGUACAUGUUGGGUGACAGGACUGUUAAACUUAGUCAUCUAACUUUCAGAAAAAAGAACUUAGAGCCCAUCAAACAUACACUCCUGGAUAAUGAUUAUCCUGAGGAUUUUAUUGAGUAUUACAUAAAGUCGAGACUCAGAGUCUUGAAAGAGAGAGAAUGCAACAAUGGACCUGUGAGAGCAGCCAUACCGGAAGCACCUAAAUUGGUUCUACCUUUCACCGAUGGUAUAACUCAGCAACUGAGAAGAGCGAUAACCAGUCAUAGUCUUGGUGUGGCCUGCAGUAAUCCUAACAAACUGGGAAGUAUGUUAAAACCAACUAACGAUCCACUCGUUUUAGAGAUGAACACAAAUCUCGUAUACAGGAUUCCUUGUGGUGGGUGUGAAGGAUUGUAUAUCGGACAAAUGAAGAAACCACUACAUAUAAGGAUUAAGGAACACAAAAACAACGUGAACCUCUCUCCUUCGAAAUUCACAGCUUUAACUAAACCCGCAAGUGAUCCGGACCAUCGGUUCGACUACAAUAGAGUAAAGAUCUCGGGAACGGAGAAACAACAAUAUAAACGUAAUAUAUUAGAGAUGAUUCACAUCAUGAGAGAAUCCAAUUCUGUUAAUUUCCGGUCUGAUGUAGAUCGAUUAGCAUCGGUCUAUAGUUCGCUAAUUAAAUAG